AUGGCUCAGAAAACAGAGGCAAGUCAUCUUGUAGCCCUGCAGGUCCUCGAAACUAUUCUUGAUGACUUCAACAUUCCCCGCCCAACGCCAGAUCGCGGUCCUAAAGUCCUAUUUACUGACACCGUCCCACCGCCUGAAGAAACCAAGAGCCAGAAGAUCAACCUCUCCCUCAUUGGGGCGAUCCCGUCGCUCGCCAAUGCCGUAGCAGCUGCACAGAUUCUUGAGGCGCGCGGAGGACCUACGCAAGAAGUUGACGUGAACCUUCGUCGUGGACACAAUUAUAUUGACCCGGACAUUGGAAUGACUCCCUCUCUCAAUGGUCAAGAGAUUAGCCUUGAUAUGGUGGCUGGAAACCCGUUCACAAGAAACAUAUUUAAGACCCGUGAUAACAAGUGGGUGGUCCUGAGCGCUGUUUACGUGGAGUUGGUAUAUCAGUGGACAUCUCUUCUAGAUUGCUCAAUGGCAGAGAGCUCGGUUCGGGAAGCGGUAUUGAAGUGGAAUGCGGCAGAUCUUGAGGCAGUUGCCACCAAAGCCAACAUGCCCAUGGCAAUCUGUCAAACCGAGGAAGACUGGAAGACACAUGCCCAUGGAUCACACAUGGCGACACUUCCGAUUGUCCCCAUUCAACAGUAUAAGAGCAGCAAUCCAUCCACACAAUCUCCAUGUUUUCCAUCUUCCGUGCCUGAUCGACCCCUCUCUGGCCUUAAAGUUCUUGCUCUCACUCAUGCAAUCGCAGGUCCUAGUACCGGCCGUACACUGGCGGAGCACGGUGCCUCUGUGCUCCAAGUAUUGUUCACUCAUGGCUUUGAACACGCAUUCGUGUAUACAUAUGCAAACCUGGGCACCGCGUCAACCCGCCUGAAUCUGCACAAAAAAUCCGACCGGCAGCGUCUCCGGACGUUAAUCAGCGAAGCGCACGUCUGGAUUGACAGUUAUAGAGAAGGUGCAAUCGCCAAAUUCGGAUUCUCGGAUCAACAAAUACGCGAAAUCAACCCGGGAAUGAUCAUUACUCACGUUCGCUGCUAUGGUACAUCAGGACCGUGGGCGCGGAAACCGGGCUUCGAUAUGCAAGGAAGCGCCUCGAGUGGAUUGAUGUCUUAUAUGGGCAGGGGUGUAGGAGACGGUCGACCACUGUGGCCACCAGGCAUGGUGAUCAACGAUUACACGACAGGUUACUUUGGCGCCUUGGCUAUCAUGGGGAUUAUACUCCGCAGGUGCAAGGGGGAGAGCGAUUGGAACCAGGGAUGGGUGGUCUCUCCGAGUCUCUGUGGGACUGCGAUGUCGAUUCUGAAGUACUUUAAGUCUAAUAGUUCUUCCCUUGUGGAAGGAGGCGAAUCAAAUGGCCAGUCAGCGCUUGGCCCGGAGACUCUGGAGGCUGAAACAUCAUUGGGAUACUUAAAGACUCUUGCUCCUUUGCCCAAAAUGAGCGUUACCCCUCUUCAGUAUCAACAUGAAUUGUUGGUUGCAAUGGGUAGCAGCCGCCCUGUCUUUCCCGGACAUGAUGAUGGUUACAAUGUGAAGGAGUUGACUCCAAUGACAAGGGAGGAUGUAAUCCAUUCUUUUGGAAUUAAUAUUGUGAGGAGGAUCGAGAAACUUCGAAUUUUGGGGUCACAGGAGAGACAGCAAAGAGAUAAGAAAUACCUCUCAGUGUUGGCUGAUGAUGUAAGUGAACUACGAUUUUAG